AUGCGAUCCACUGUUCGGUCCUGGCUUAAACUACCGAAGGAUACCUCAAUCGCCUUUUUCCAUGCUAAGGCGAUUGAUGGUGGAUUAAGUCUUCCUUUGCCAGAGCACAAGAUUUCACUAAUGAAACAAGCGAAAACUGCUAGAAUGGCAAUGUCUCCAGACCCGGUGGUUUGUGCUAUGCUGGAAACUCCAGCCACACAUAAAGUCCUGAGAGCAAAGCAAACCUCUCUGAACGGUACUGUCGUGGCGACACGUCAGGGCCUGAGGAGUGUGUUAGCUCAACAACUACACAGCUUGUGUGAUGAGCGAGGACUGGCGACAGCCCCACAGGUACCCGCACAAAAUCAAUGGGUUACCUCAGGAGACAUGACUCUAAAUGGACACACUUAUAUUGGUGCGAUCAAGAUAAGGGGAAACUUGGUUGCCACAGCCUAUCAGCCCCAUACUGAUAUCAGAUGCAAUUGCUGUGGCAAUUCCGAGUCCCUGGGUCACAUCUUACAGACGUGUCCCAGGACUUAUGCAUCGUGCAUUGCAAGGCAUGACAAGAUCGUUGACCAGGUAAGGUCUGGUGCGGAAAGGAUCGGGUACGGUAUCCGCCGCGAGCCGGCGAUACAAACCCCAGCAGGUAUUCGAAAGCCGGACCUGGUCUUAGUACGUGAUGGCGACCUAACAAUACUAGACAUUACCAUCGUCGCACACAAUGCAGACCUCGAUAAGGCCCAUCACGAUAAGUCUAUCAUGACGUCCCUGCCAUUAGAGAGUGGGCCCAAUCAUGCUACCAGCCUAGGCGCAUUGCCUUUGAGGCUCUAG